AUGGCAACGGCGUCGUUUAGGUGGAUCUUGCAGCUACACAAAGAUGUACCAAAAGCGGCUCGAUUCUAUGCGCAAGGUCUCGAUUUCUCCGUCAAUGUCGUUACCCUACGUUGGGCUGAGCUUCAGUCUGGUCCUCUUAAGCUAGCUCUUAUGCAAUCUCCCAGCGACCAUGUGGUGAAUGAGAAGGGAUACUCUUCGUUACUGUCGUUCACUGUGACGGAUAUUAAUACAACAAUCUCAAAACUUAUGGAGUUAGGAGCUGAACUCGAUGGCUCUAUCAAAUACGAAGUCCAUGGCAAGGUUGCAUCUGUGAGAUGUCUUGAUGGUCAUGUGCUUGGACUCUAUGAACCUUCAUAG